UAACACGCCAGAAUAGUGUAUGGGACGGCAAAGACGGCGCUGUAACAUCCGAGUGGACGGAGAGCUAAUCCAAGGGCCGAAAUUGCAGAUGUUCAGAUUCCACUUGGAGGGAUAUGCUUGGGAUCGGAUUUCAUUACAGAGGGAGCAAUCCAGGAUAAAGUGCCAUUGUGUCUUGACCCUAGAUCUUUUGCCACUUUUUUCUGACAAUCAAUAAACAAGUGACCUUCUGUCUCAGAGUUGAAUUGUAUAGUACAACUAAGGCGCAUGCAUAAUGACACAAUACAUUUCUCCUUUGUGCAACUUAUUUGCCACAGGGAUCAAAAGAUCGAGAUAUAACUCAGAUUCACCGUCCAACCAAAACGAAUUCUCUAUAUAAUAUCGCCACGCCUAGUGAAGAUGACAACCGGGCUAUACGAAUGCAAUCAAAAUUCAACAACCGAGCUCUCAAGACUGCUCGGUUAUCAACAAACGAGCCUCUCUUACAAAGCAUCUGAGUUCCAUAUUGAUGUUUGCAAUAUCCCUUUCAUCACAUAUUGACACAGGUUGGAAAAACCUGUAGAGCUGGAUUACCAUUUUGUUGAAUUUGACGAUGUACGAUACCAUAUUCAGGCUACGGUGAAGGAUCCUUAUCAUAUGGUUUUGUCAAUAUUAAUUCCAACUCCUCCACCUGAGACUGUUUUUUCUGGUGGACUUCCAUUUGGUGCAACAGAAGCUGUGAAAGGAGCGUAUGGCACUACAGUGCAGAUUGUUGACACUCCGGAAGAAGGCUUUCAGCUUACUCUAAAGCUUGAUUUGGCAAAACUUCCAUCAGAUGAAGAGCGUCGAACUCAAUUGAUGACAAAGAUUGCAUCACUGCGAUCAGUGGUGCUAGGAGCACCCAUGAGGGAAAUUUUGAAGCAUCUUGCUUUUAAGAUAGUUGCACCUGAUGCAGAUAGGCUGGUUGCCCUUGUGCACCGUCCAAAGGAGUCUUUCUUUCUCAUUCCUCAGCCGGAAAAGGUGACAGUGGUGUUUCCUAUGCGUUUCAAAGAUAGCGUUGAUGUCAUACUUGCAACAUCAUUUUUGCAGGAGUUUAUGGAGGCAAGGCGGACAGCAGGGUUGAAUAAUGCACCGUCUUGUGUCUGGUCUACAUCCCCUCCUUUGGAACUGAAAGGAGCACCUGCUCAUGCAUUGCAUGCAAAUGCUGGAUUUGUUUCUUUUGUGAUAUUUCCUCGCCAUGUUGUUGGUAAGAAAUUGGAGAAGACAGUUUGGAGCUUAUCGAGCUUUCAUUCCUAUGUAAACUAUCAUAUAAAGUGUUCAAAGAGUUUCAUGCAUACCAGAAUGAGGCGGCGUGUUGAGACUUUGAUUCAAGCAUUGAACCGUGCAAAACCUGAAGUGGAGAAAGAUAAAAAGACAGCACAAGGUCGGUCCUUCAGACGACAGCUUACAAAGUAAUUUUGAUGCUGAGGUAACCCACAAGUUCGAUUUGCAGUUGAUCUCCCUCUAUAUUACUUGAUGCCGCUGCGUUGUUUCAAUAUGACCUUGUAUCAUUCAAUCGUUCAUCAAUCAAGAUUCAUUGUAAUAAAUAUCCAAGCCAGGUCACAUAUUCAGAAGGGUGACAAAAUCCCACCAUGGGAAGGAAAAGAAAUAUGACCUGAUAUUCUAGAGAUUUCAUGAUUUUUUAAUACAAUCAAUUGAAUCUGUUAGAUGGUUGAAUACUUUGGAUUUGUUGAUAUCUUUUUGAAUGUGUCUGAAGGCACUGUAAAGUAUUGCAGCCGUUUCUUUUAAUUAGAUAUGAGCAAAGUUUGUGUUUUAUAA